UAAGAGUGGUGGAACAGGUGAUUGUGUGAAUAGAUAGCAUUGGAAUGAGCUUAUCAACGUUGACCGGCCAAAAGUUUCCCAUGACGACUACCACCACCACCAUCACGACGGACGAACAAAUCUCUGAGUGGCGGCCGCAAGUGUUCAUCAACUUCCGGGGAGCUGAUCUUCGUGACGGGUUCAUCAGUCAUUUGAGGAAGGCCCUGGACGACAAUAAAAUCAAGUACUACAUCGACUGUGAAGAGCCCAGGGGUGCAUCUCUUGAGAUCCUCUUUCAAAGGAUCAAGGAGUCGCAGAUCGCCCUGGUGUUCUUCUCGAAUCUGUACGCAACGUCAGAGUGGUGCUUGGACGAACUGGUGGAAAUAAUGAAGAACAUGGAGAAAGGAAGCCUCAGAGUCAUACCCGUCUUCUUCAAGGUGGAGCCAGAGGACGUGAAAGGGCAAAAGAAAGAGUUCGGCGUGGCGUUAUACGGAGAAGGUCGCCGUAAAAGACCCAAGAUGGCGCAAUGGGAAGAUGCUUUAGAAGCUGUUCCCAAACAGAUGGGGUUGGUAUUGGCUGAAAAAAGUUCUGAAAAUGACUUCCUCAUCCGGCUAGUCAACAACGUCAAAGAGGUGGAAGCCAUAAUAUUAAAAGAAAGAGAAGGCUCCUCUUCCUCUGAACCAAUAAUCAAACACGUUAUGGGUACAAUAUCAUCUUCUCUUCCCCCUUGCGAGAAGGAGCAACGCCUUGAGCAACUCGAACAACGGUUUGGUUUAGAUGAUAAAGUUACUCAAAUACUUGGAAUUGUUGGUAUGGCCGGGAUUGGUAAAACCACUCUCGCGCAAAAGCAUUUCGAUACGUGCAAUAAGUUAUCGGUGAAAAAGAUUAUUCUUGGCAUUCAUGAGAAGUCGAAGAACGAGGAGGGAUCAUCAAAUUGGCUGGAAAAAGAAGUUGAGGAUGAAAUUUUCAAAAACAGAUGUUUCAUUCUAUUGGACGACGUGAGCGAAAAGUCACAAAUAGAGUAUCUACUCGGUAACCUCAGCCGGAUUAAGCAGGGAAGUAAGAUUGUCAUCACAACGCGCGACAAGUCAUGGAUCGGAAGAGUGGUUCACGAUACUUAUGUGGUCCCUGGAUUGAACGACAACGAAGCCUUACUACUCUUUAGCCGACAUGCCUUCGGAAACCAAGCCUAUACUCCCACGAAGAAAGGGCUGUCCAAAAAGUUUGUGGACUAUGCCGGAGGCAAUCCAAGAGCCCUUGAGGAACUAGGGAAGGAGCUUUGCGGUAAAAACGAUGCUCACUGGGAAAAGAGAAUAGAAACGCUGUCACAUCGUUGCAAUGUGAAUAUCAAAAGAGAGUUAAAAAUCAGUUAUGACAGGUUGACUGAUGAGCAAAAAGAUGCGUUUCUUGACAUAGCUUGUUUCUUCACAUCAGAAAAGGAGGAUUGCGUGACAAGUUUACUGGCUUCCAAAGACUCUCAUGGCUCCGGUGCAGAAGCUGCGAGGGUUAUUGGAGACCUUGCUGACAAGUUCAUGAUAAGUGUCUCUGCUGGCCAGAUCGAGAUGCCUCAGAUACUGUGUUCACUGGGCAGAGAACUUGGUUUAUUGCCAUCUUCAGAAGAUAAUAUGGGAAAGAGCAGGCUAUGGGAUCAUGAUACAGUUGUUAAAACUUUGGUCAACCAAAAGGAAGAAGAUAGUACUGUGAGAGGUAUUUUACUGGACGUGUCGGAGUUAAAAGAGGAAUUCGCCAUAGCAUCAGACAAGUUGACCUUAAUGCCAAACCUGCGAUAUCUCAAAAUCUUUGAUUCUACCUGCCCUCGGCAAUGUAAAGCUGUUGUUGAAGCUGUUAAGUGCAAAGUACACUUGCCCGAUGAACUUGAAUCGCCUUUGAAAAACCUUCGAUAUCUCCACUGGCUGAAAUUUCCAUCGACCGAACUUCCACCGAACUUCAAACCGGAGAAUCUUGUUGACCUCAGACUGCCAUACAGUAUGAUUGAACGUGUUUGGAAAGGCAAAAAGGAGACACCAAAUCUGAAGUGGGUUGAUUUAAGUCACUCGACAAAGUUGACCGACCUGUCAGCUUUGUGUAAUGCUGAAUCUCUUGAAAUACUAAAUCUUGAAGGUUGCACUGAACUUGUUGAUUUUCCCGAAGAUACCGAAAAUAUGAAGAGUCUUUCUUUCUUGAACCUCAGAGGAUGCACAAGUCUCUCGUCUCUCCCAGAGAUGAAUAAUUUAGUCCGUCUCAAGACUCUCGUCCUCAGUGGCUGCUCAAGCUUUGAUGACUUUCAUGUGAAUGCUAAAAAUCUUGAACAUGUACAUUUAGAUGGGACAGAAAUACUGAACCUUCCCCGGACGAUCGAGCAACUCCAAAGACUUAUCGUCCUGAAUCUGAAAGACUGCAAACGGCUGAGGACUCUCCCGGAUUGUCUUGGCAAGCUCAAGGCUCUUGAAGAACUAAUACUCUCUGGUUGUUCAAGGCUUAGGAGAUUUCCUGAAAUUAAGGAGGGCAUGGAAAAUCUGCAGAUUUUACUACUCGAUAGGACAGAAAUCACAGACGUGCCAAAGAUGUUAUUACUACGAUGUGCUAACCCAGUAGACCAAGUGAAUAAUGUCCAACCGUCACCCCGGACGGGUGGACUAUCCUUGUUGCGACAUCUGUGCUUAAGCAGAAAUGACAAGAUCAUCAGUCUGCGAUGGAGUAUUAGUGAGCUUUAUCAUUUGAAAUGGAUCGACGUGAAGUAUUGCAAGAAACUCCAAUCUAUUUCGAUGUUACCACCAAAUCUUCAAUGCUUAGAUGCACAUGGUUGCACCUCACUUAAAACAGUGGCGAGUCCUCCUAUGGCAACAGAGCAAGUGCCCUCCUCAUUCAUUUUCACUAACUGUGACAAACUAGAGCACGUCGCCAAGAAUGAAAUCACAUGCUAUGGUCACGAUAAAGGCCGGAUCCUGUCAAAAACACUGAACCGCCACAAUAAGGGUCUUUCUUUUGAAGCUUUGGUUUCCAUUUGCUUUCCUGGAAGUGAAGUCCCUGCUUGGUUUGGUCAUAAAGCUUCUGGAGCAGUGUUAAAGCCUGAGCUUCCUCAACACUGGAGUGACAGCGGUUUGGUCGGCAUAGCACUAUGCGCCAUUGUCGCGUUUGAAGAACUAAAUAUUGGAAACAACAACCUCCAUGUGAAAUGCAUAUUUGACUUCAACAAUGUUAAGACAUCCUUCAGCUACUUUAAUUUCCCUGUUGGUGGUUUAUGGGAAACCAGCGAUGAGCAACGCACGAUCACAUCUACUCAUGUGUUCAUUGGCUACACCAAUUGGUUAAAUAUCAAGAAAUGUCAAGAAGAAGAUGGUAAGGAAGAGUGUGUUCCAAAAAGAAAAAAAGAAGGGUGUGUUCCUACUAAGGCUUCAAUUGAAUUUCAAGUGAUAAAUGAUUUUGGUGAGGUUAAGAAUUGUGAGGUAUUGAAGUGCGGUUUUAGUUUAGUUUAUGAAACUGGUUCUUGGGAGGCAAGCUCAAGGGCAGAUGGUGUUGAACAAGGUGAACUUGAAUCUCAUGAGGGAGUAGGAAGGGUUCGAAAAUUAUGAUUGCAAACUAUGGCGCAACUUCAAUACGAGAUCAUAAAAGUGAGUGGUGAGGCCAGCUGUAGUUCCACAAAGAGCUAGAUAGCUUCACUAUAUCUCUUUUUCUUCCUGUAACAAAACUUUGUGACGGGAAGCUGUUUUGAUGGCAUUCAUUGUACAAAAGUUUGUUUCUCAAUCCCACAUACUAAAAACAGAGUUGGGUGCUUAGCAUUUGAAAGUUUCAAGACACAACACUCUUUGUCUUUGGGAACUAGUUAUAACUUCGUUCGUAUAUAAAAUCAAUGUAAGUCAUUUCAACCA